AUGAAUACACAUAAAAAUAAUGAACGUUUUGAUGAAUAUUCUUUGAAUAAUAAUUUAAAUUUGAAUGCAUACCUAAACAUGUCAAAUGAGGCUCAAAAUAAUUUUUUAGUAAAUAGAAGGAAUGAUAUGAAUUAUGAAAUGUAUAAUUCUAUUAAUUCUGGACACAUGUCUAAUAUAAAUAAUAAUACAAAUAAUUUACAAGAUGCUUAUAUAAAUAAAGAAUUACAUUAUAUGAACAGUGAUAAAAUAAAUAUAUCGAAAAAUCAUCAGAAUGUUCAUAUGGCAGCAUAUAAUAAUAUGGAUAAAAAGAACUUAAAUAAUAAUAUGAUACCAUUAAAUAAUAAUAUUAAUAUGACGACAGAUGAUCAAAACUAUUUUUAUCAUUCAACUACAAAUAAUAAAAUUAAUAAUACAAUGAAGGAAAAUAACUUUAAUAAUAAUAUGAAUAUUGUAAAUAAUACUUUUUAUAAUAACCCUGAUAAUAGCUUUCUUAAUAUUACAAGAAAUGAAAACGAACAAGGUAUAUAUGUAAAUAAUAAUAUCAUCAACAAUUUUAACAACCAAAGUGUAGAUAAAAAUAUUAAUAAUAAUAGUAAUAUAAACAAAAACGUAGAAUCUAUAAAUAAAUUCAAUCAUUUAUACAACAUGCAAAACAUGCAUCCUUUCAUUCCAAAUAUGACUAAUGGAAAAAAUGGGAACCUGGAAAACAAUGCAAACUUAUCCAACAAUGUAAAUAGUGUAAGUACUAUAAGUGAAUUGCAUAAUUUUAAUUAUGUGAAUAAUAUGGACAUGAAUAGUAUGAGCAUGAAUAAUAUGAAUAAUAUGGACAUGAAUAAUAUGAAUAAUAUGAAUAAUAUGAAUAAUAUGAACAUGAAUAGUAUGAGCAUGAAUAAUAUGGACAUGAAUAAUAUAAACAUGAAUAAUAUGAACAUGAAUAAUAUGAAUAUGAAUAAUAUGGACAUGAACACUAUGAACAUGAAUAAUAUAAACAUGAAUAAUAUAAACAUGAAUAAUAUAAACAUGAAUAAUAUAAACGUGAAUAACAUGGAUAUGAAUAAUAUGAAAAAUCUAGCUAAUUUUAACCAUGCAUAUCAAUAUAACAGUAUUCCUCAAUUUAAUAGUUCAUCACGUUUUAAUAAUAUAACUCAGGUUAAUAAUGGGAUAUCUCACAACGUUAAUCAUGUGUCCAAUUUUAAUAAUACAGCGCAUUUGGACAAUUCAAAUAAUAUGAAUAGAUUAAGUGUAGUCAAUAAUGUAAGUGACAUUAAUUCUUUGCAUGACCCAUUGAAUGAAAUGCAUGUAUUAAAUAAAAAUGUAAAUAUGCAGAACGAGAACCAUUUUAAUGGUAUGAAUGAUGAGAUGAAAAAUUUUAACAAUGUACAGCGCAUUAAUAGUAUAUCACAUAUUCCUUAUAUGAAUAAUCUGAAAAAUUAUAAUGAAAAUACGAAUGUAAUGAAAGGCAAGGGAAGUACGAAUAGAAAAAAAAGUAAUAACGUAAAAAUUAAUAACAAUUCUGGGAGUGUAAAUGCGCGAGCGAUAUUUGAAAAUAAUCAGAGUGCUGCACAUAGUAAUGUUCCGAUGGGAAACGUUGAUAAGGUAAUUAAACAUGAUCGUUUGGAUAAUGAUCUGAAAAAUAUGAAUAAUAUGAAUAAUAUGAAUAAUAUUAACAAUAUUAACAAUAUGAAUAAUAUGAAUAAUAUGAAUAAUACAAGUAUUUUAAAUAAUAAUAAUAAGAAAAUUUCCAAAAGAGGAAGGGCCAAGAAAAAUAGUACCAUUAAUAUAAAUAAUAUUAAUAAAAUGAAUAAUGCGAAUAACAAGAGUAGUGUAAUCAAUAUGAACAAUAUGAACAAUAUGAAUAAUAUGAAUAAUAUGAAUAAUAUGAAUAAUAUGAAUAAUAUGAAUAAUAUUAAUAAUGUGAAUAAUAUCAAUAAUGUGAACAAUAUGUUUAAUGUAAACCCCCAAAUGAAUAUCAUGGGUUUAAUGAAAGAUAUAAAUAACAAUAAACUUAUGAAUAAUUAUGUUAAUGAUAAUAAUAUAAUGAAUAUUGAAGGUAGCAUGAAUGAGAAUUAUAAUUUUGAGGGUACAUUAAAUAAUAAAAACAUUUCAAAUAAUAAUAAUAUAAAUGAUAAGGGUGGUUGUUUAAAUACAUUGAAUAAAAGUAAAAGUAGUUCUUAUAUAAAAUCUAAUAGAAAUCUUACAAUACCAGUUAAUAUGUAUAUGAAUAAUACAAACAUGCAUAAUUCAAAAGCUUAUGUAAACUAUGAAAAUCAAAGUUGGAUGGCACAACAAGCUUGUAAUAAUAAAAACAUCUUAUUAAAUGAAGGUCCAAGGCAUAUUGAUAAUAAUAAUAUUAAUAACAAUAAUAACAAUAAUAACAAUAACAACAAUAAUAACAAUAAUAACAAUAAUAACAAUAAUAACAAUAACAAUAAUGAUCUUAACAACAAUAAUAAUAAUAAUCACAGUAUUAUUAAUAAUAAUAUUGUUCAGGGUAUACAUCGUGGAAGUGUAAUAAAUAACCAGAAUUUAGACGAUCUAUCUUAUAACCCUAAUGAUAUUUUUCUUGAAAAAAAUACACUUACGAAUUAUAAUGAAAUGUUAGGAUCUGCAUAUAAUAAUAUGUAUGAUAAAAAUGUUAUAAAAGGUAAUAUGAAUCUUAUCGGCAAGCAUAGUAAUUAUGACUUAAUGAAGAAUGGUCAUAUGAUAAAUGAAUAUAAAUUAAAUAUGCCAGAAAUUCAAAAGGGUAUGAAUGAAGUGGGGAAAAAAAAAGCACCUCGUAGGAGAGCUAAAACAAUUAAUUUAAAAAGUAUAAACCGUUUUAAUACUGUUUCUUUAGGUUUGAAGGGAAAUCCUAAUAUGGAUAAUACUGACAAUAUGAAUAAUAUGGUCAAUAUGAAUAAUAUGAAUAAUAUGGUCAAUAUGAAUAAUAUGAAUAAUAUGGUCAAUAUGAAUAAUAUGAACAAUAUGAAUAAUAUGAAUAAUAUGAAUAAUAUGAAUAAUGUGAACAAUAUGAAUAAUAUGAAUAAUGUGAACAAUAUGAAUAAUAUGAAUAAUGUGAACAAUAUGAACAAUAUGAACCAUAUGAACAAUAUGAAUAAUGUGAACCAUAUAGAUAAUAAUAUGGUUCAUAAUUUGAACCAUAUGGUUAGCAACUUGAAUUAUAUGGAUAAUAAUACAAACCAUAUGAAUAAUAACAUUAACAAUGCAGGUAAUAAUUUGAAUGGUGAAUUUUCCAAGCGAAUUUCAUAUAACCAUUCAAAGAGUAGUGAAAAUAUAAAAGAGAUGAUGCAACCUCAUAAUGAAGCAAAUGAUAUAUCAGGAAAUAAUAUAAGUGAUAGUAAUAAUAUUACUCUAAAUAAGAACAUUGUAGAAAUGAUUUUAAGAAAUAACAAACCCAGCAUAGAUAAAAAUAUGCAUGAUAGUGUCAAUAGAUCAUAUACUAGCUUCUUAAUGAAUAUUGGAUCUUCCUUUUUAAAGAAAAAAAAAACAUCAGAAAUUAAAAAUGGGGGAAAUAAUAUCGAAAAUAAUAAAGGUACAGUAAUUAUGAACAAUCAGGUAGAAGAGAAAGGGAAAAGUGAAAAUAAGAGCAUGUUGGAGAUAAAAAAAGAGGAACAAAUAAAAAAUGUAGUAUAUAAUAAUAAUAAUAAUAAUGAAAAAGAUCAAACUGGGGAUCAACUUCAAAAUACAUAUUAUAAGCAAGACCAACUUCAAGAUCAAAAUAAAAAUCAAGGUCAAAUUCAAGGUCAAAAUCAAGAAAAUAAGCUAGACCAACUUCAAAAUCAAGAUAAUAAGAUAGAACAACUUCAAAAUCAAGAUCAUAGGCAAGACCAACUUCAAAAUCAAGAUAAUAAGCUAGAUCAACUUCAAAAUCAAGAUAAUAAGAUAGAACAACUUCAAAAUCAAGAUAAUAAGCAAGACCAACUUCAAGAUCAAAAUAAAAAUCAAGGUCAAAAUCAAGAAAAUAAGCUAGACCAACUUCAAACCCACGAUCAGUAUCAAUAUCAAAAUCAAAACCACCAUCAAUAUCAAUUUCAAUACCAAUGUCAUUACCCAUAUCAAUACCAGGUCCAGGGAGUAGGCGAGGCAAUAAAUAAUAAAGAAAUGGAAGAAAACAUAAACAAAUUAAAUGACGAAUCGGAUGAAAAUAAUAAUUUGGAAAAUAUGGAUGAAGAAGAAAUAACUAACAAAUCAGUAAUAAGCAAUACAAUGAAUAUGUUAGAACUGAAAAAUGAAAAUAAUAAUGAGAUGAUGAUUAACAAUAUAAAAAAAGAAGAAGAAAUAUCUGCACAAAUAAUGGAACCAGCAAAAAAGAGGGGAAGGAAAAAAGGAAGUAAAAUGAUCCACAAAAAUAUUACGAAUGAACAUAUUUUAUCUCAGUUAAAAGAACCAAAGAGAAAAGGAAGAAAACGUAAAACAUGGAUACAACAAUUAGAUAAUUAUAAUAAACUUGAAGAUAAUAAAUUAAAAGAAUAUACAAAUAAUAUAGACAUAAGAGAUGAUAAUAAAGCAAAUACACAAAAUGGAGAUGUAACAACAAAUGAUGUAACUACAUUAUGUUGUAAUAAAAGAGCAAAAUAUGAAAUCAUUAAUCCAAAUAGUAUUCGAAAUAUGUUUACUUUAUUAAGAAAUAAAUUAAGUAAUUUAAAUGUAAAAAAUACAAUGAAUAGCCAUUCUGAAAUAAAUAUGUUAAUUAAUAAUUUUUUAUAUAUCUUAAAAGUAAUGAAUAAACAUAAACAAAUGUUAGAAAAUAUAUAUACCAUCAGUUUUACAAAUAUUGAUGAUAUAUGUGUAAGAAAUUAUUUAGAAAAACAUUUCCCUCUUAUAAAAGGAUAUAGAAAUAAAUAUGAAAUUACUGAUGAUCACUUCGUUCAAGGAAACGGUGAUCGUCGCCUGUCCAAGGAGAUUAAUUGUUUAAGUGAAAAUGGGGAUAUUGCUUUAAAUGAGAACCAUGAACAAAACGAAGAAAAUGAAAAUAAUCAAAAUAAUCAAAAUUAUGAAAAUAAUCAAAAUAAUCAAAAUUAUCAAAAUUAUCAAAAUAAUCAAAAUAAUGAUAUGUCACCAAAUAACAUCCCUCUUAUUCAUAAAAACGUAAAGGAUGAAAACAAUUUUGAAACAGUAUUUUUAAAAACACGUAGUUCUUUUAGUAGUGUAGAUAGUAAUAUUAUUCAUAUUGAUAAUAUACAAAAUUUUAAACUUUCCAAUUCUUCAGAAAAUAAAUUAAACCAAUUUGAAAAAAAAACUGUAUUAUUAUCCAAUGAUAUUUUAUGUGAAACCAAAAAUGAAAUUGAGCAAAGUUGCAUGAACAGUCAGGAAAAAGAAGAAAAUUACCUGCACUAG